AUGGUUAGAACCAGAGGUUUAGGGCAUGUAUUAUCUAGGGUUAUAGGCAGAGGCUUGGUUAGAGAGGAUGAGCAUCAUGCAGAUGAUGUUCCCCGGCGGCGUAGGCCUACCGCAUCCGCCCGUAGGCGAAGGGUAGAUGUUGCAAUUGCUGAGGAUGUUCCUCAGGUGACUGAAGAUGUUCCUCGGGUGAUUGAGGAUGUUCCUCAUAUGGACAAGGAUAUUCCUGAGAGGACUGCGGAGGUAGAUGAUGCGGACAUAGAAAGCAUAACUAUUGAUGGUGCUGAAGGGUCACCUGGUGAUCAUGCUGAGGGAUUCCCUGGUAGGCCACGUGACCCAUCGAUCCUUACUUCGUUUGCCUACCACGUGGCACAUAGCAUCUGGAGUGGACAGGAACGACCUGAGUUGAAGUUGAUCUCCCAUGUCACCGGCGAUCCUGGACUUAUAUCUACAUUUGUUGAGAGGUGGCAUAGGGAGACCAGCACCUUCCACUUUCCCGUAGGAGAGCUGACGAUCACCCUAGACAAUUUGAUGGCACUCCUCCAUCUUCCAAUCACAGGUGUGUUACACAGCUUUGAGCCUCUGCUUGUGGAUGAGGCAGUCUUCUUGUUGAUGGAGCUGCUUCAGGUCUCCGGUGAGGAGGCUAGAGCUGAGACCAUAUAG